UAUCCUCAUAUCUCAAGUGGGAGCAUAUAUCAAGUGAGAGCAAACCAAAGUAAAGCAAAGAAAAGAAUUGUUUCUAACUUUGAGAAAUGGCUAGUAUUUCAGGUACCAUGGUUAGCACUUCUUUCCUCCCAAGAAAGCCAGUUGUGACUAGCCUGAAAGCCAUACCAAAUGUUGGACAAGCUCUCUUUGGGCUUAAAUCUGGUAGAAAUGGUAGGAUUACUUGCAUGGCUACAUACAAAGUGAAGCUUGUUACACCAGAUGGCCCAGUUGAGUUUGAUUGUCCAGAUGAUGUGUACAUUCUUGACCAAGCUGAGGAAGAAGGACAUGAGCUUCCUUACUCAUGCAGGGCUGGUUCUUGCUCAUCUUGUGCUGGAAAAGUAUCUGCUGGAACUGUUGAUCAGUCUGAUGGAAACUUCCUUGAUGAUGACCAAAUUGCUGAUGGAUUUGUGCUCACCUGUGUUGCUUACCCACAGUCCGAUGUAACCAUUGAGACUCACAAGGAGGAAGCACUCACUGGCUAAGUUCUACAUUUGUUCACCUAUCCAUCACUACCAAAAUAAAAAAUAAAAAGAACACUUCAUUUGUUUGAUGAGCAUUUACUUUUGAUAUGUAACUUUUUUUGUUUUCCCUCUUUUGUUCUCAUAAAAGAUGCUAUGUAUGUCUUUUAAGUCAAUGACUUGUGCUUAGUAUAUCAA